AUGAGCUCCCACCCCUCCUGGCUUUCUGCCUUCUUGCUCGGCCUGCUGGUCGCUGCUGGCUUUGUCGACGCAACGCUCUCUGUGGCAGACAGUCCUGUUGCUGUUGCUGCUGCUGCUGCUGCCGCCGCCGAGAACCAGAUUCACUUCAAUGCCACCAACCCAGCCGACGAGAGUCCGACAGAUAAAUUGAAUGAUCGAGCUACCAACGGCGUGAGUUCCCCUGCCCUCCCUCCCUUGACUCGCUUCCAAACCCACCCACCUUUCCCAAAAAAGUCCCCAGAGUGCCACUGCCUGACUGUCGUCGCCAGAUCUACAUCUGCCAAUACCCACAAUGAAGGCACGUGUUUCUGGACCGCCAUUGACCCGUCAUCCUACAAUCAAUGCGCCAUCAUCACCUCCCAUGGCGGCUGGGCUUCGCUGGGGCCUGACCCAGGCGUCAAAGUCGAUCUCUAUCGGGACACCGCGUGUCAGCAGCCGUUCUGGACCGGCCUGGUCUAUCCCGGCGCCGACGACGUGCCGACUCAAGUGGCGGCUCGAGGCCUCCCGGCAGUGACAGGAGACGUGUUUGGAGCAGUCUUCAGAGCACCGUGA